ACGUAGGUCUGGUCGGAGGCCAGGCUACUCAAACACAUGCCUGCUCACACACAGGCUCACUCAGAACAUUGUCAGACAGGCAGAGGACCGAGGGACAUUGCUACGUGGAAGAGGAGGAUAACGAGAGAAAAGAGAAGGAUAAGGAAGGGAAGAAACAAAGAGGAAAGACAUCAAGCAAGAGAGAUAAAGGAGCUGUGAUCCACGGUGACGCCAACCACCGCUUACCAGCUGUCCAACUCCGUCUGCAAGGCUUGUCUGCCUGUCUGUCUGUCUGUGCGCGUGCAAAGUGUGUGUCUCAGAUUAUCGCUGAAGUGAAUCACUGAAGAGAAUGUCCCCGAAAAAGAAGGCUUCUCGCCCCAAGGUGGAAGUUGUGGCAGAGCCGACAGAAAGUUUGGUGAAAUCACCUGAAAGCCCUGCCAUGUUGUCAUCGGAGGGUGUGGUCGUCUCCGAGGGUGUGAAGAAGCUGGAGGCGCCGCUGAACGUGGAGCACCUCAACCGCCUCAACGGCCUGCCCCUCCCACUUCCUUUCCCUCCUCCAAUCCUCCGGCCGGGAGAGAGGGGGCUGGGCAUCGGGAACGAGCUGACGCGCCCUCUCCACAGCGCUGCCAUGCUGGAGGAGCUGAGCCGCAUGCGCCAGGAACGCUUCCUCACCGACAUGGAGCUGGCCUGCAAGACCAAGGCCUUCGACGUGCACAAGCUGGUCAUUUCCUCGGUCAGCCAGUACCUGAGAGAGGUGCUGGCCAAAGACCCAACACUGAAACGCCUGGAGCUGCCCACACUCUCUCCUCUAGGUCUGGCUAAUGUGAUCACCUUCGCCUACCUGGGUCGCGUGCACAUGUCUCUGUACACGGUGGGCUGCACUCUGUGGGCCGCCAUGGUGCUGCGCAUCCCCCACCUGCUGCAGAUGUGCAGCGAUUUUCUCCUGGCCGAGCUCAGCAUGCAGACGUGCGUUUACAUCUGGAACAUCGCCACUGCCUACGGCCUGAACGCCGUGCGCGAGGCCUCCCGCCGCUACGCACUGCAGAACUUCGCCCAGUUCGCCGAGACGCCCCAGUUCAACCAGCUCACCCUGGAGCAGAUCAUCUCCUUCCUGCAGGACGAUGCCCUCGUGCUGCCCUCAGAGAUCACCACCUUCCAGGUGGCUAUGAAGUGGCUGGACUUUGACCCUCAGCGUCAGGCCCAUGCGACUGAGGUUCUGUCCCACGUGCGCUUUGAGACCAUCCCGGCCAGCGAGCUGGUCAGCGAGGUUCAGCCCGUGGCCCGCAUGAUGCUGGACCCACAGUGCCACCGCCUGCUGGUGGACGCCAUGAACUACCACCUGCUGCCCCACCAGCAGAACCUGCUGCAGUCAAAGCGCACCGCUGUGCGUGGCAGCCAGGUGGCGCUGCUCACCAUCGGCGGACGACCAUCACUUACCGAGAGAACACUGAGCCGCGAGGUUCUGUGGAGAGACCCUCGUGACGGUGUGGCUUCCUGGCGUCACCUGACCCAGCUUCCUGCUAAGAGCUUUAACCAAUGUGUGGCCGUGAUGGACGGUUUCCUGUAUGUGGCCGGAGGAGAGGACCAGAACGAUGCUCGUAAUCAAGCCAAGCACGCCGUCAGCACCCUGAGCAGGUAUGACCCCCGCUUCAACACCUGGCUGCACCUGGCCAGCAUGCGCCAGAAGCGUACACACUUCAGCCUGGUGGCCACUGGGGGGCGUCUCUUCGCCAUCGGCGGCCGCAACACCGAGGGGCUGCUGGCCACGAUUGAGAGCUACACCCCCUCGACCAACACCUGGCAGAUCCGCACCCCCAUGGAGGCCCCCCGCUGUUGCCACGCCAGCGCUGUGAUGCCGUCCGGUGACAUCCUGGUCACCGGUGGCUACGUCAACUGCGCCUACACGCGCUCAGUGGCCGUCUACAGCGUGGACAGUGACAGCUGGCAGGAGGUGGCCCCCAUGGAGACGCCGCGCGGCUGGCACUGCAGCUCCACCCUGGAGGGCCGCAUAUACGUGGUGGGGGGCAGUCAGCUGGGGCCCGGCGGCGAGCGCGUGGACGUCCAGUCCGUGGAGGUCUACCAGCCCGAGGACGGCGCGUGGAGCCGCAUGGCACCGCUGCCGCUCGGCGUGAGCACCGCCGGACUCUCGGUCCUGGGCGGUCAGCUCUUCCUGCUGGGCGGCUGGAACGAGGCCGAGAAGCGGUACAAGGCGGCCGUGCAGCGCUACGACCCCAAGACCGACAGCUGGGCCUCCAGCGAGGAGCUGCCUGAGCCCACCGUGGGUGUGUCAUGCUGCGCUCUGGCCUUGCCCCCACGCCAUGCCUCCCGGCGCCACCGCAACACCCCAAACUCGCCGAACAACGCCUCAAUCAUCACUCCACCAAACACCUCAGUUAGCCACGAGGAGCAGCCUACAUCUGCUUGAAGAAAGGAGAGAGGAAGGAUAGAGAAAGGACAGAGGAGAAAAAGAGAGUAGUUGCAGAUAAGAACAGUAGAGAAGAGGAAGGGGGUGAGGGAGGAGAGAGAUCAGGUGAAAGGACGAAGAGAAGAGAGGAGAGUCUGAGCAGGACAGGGCAGAGGAAAUGAGGUUUGAGGUGUUCUUGAGUACGGAGGAAUCAAAUCAGGGCCCACGCCAUUAAAGAAUGUGAAAUGCAUUCAGUGUGUACAACAUGAGUACAUGAAAAUCUGUGAUGUAGCCACGUCUGAGUGCGUCUGAGUGUGUGUGUGUGUGUGUGUGUGUGUAGCUGGUGGAAGAGCUGACUGAACAUGUGCAUCUGAGUUUGUGUGAGUGAAUUUUAGCAUUUGAGCCACAAUGUUCUUUGACAAAAAUGAUAUCAUCUUUGCACUUCUUGCCCCAGAGUAUAGAAUGUAAGGGAAUUAUCUCUGCAAAGGACAUCAAUAACCGAAGAUUUCAUAUAUUUAAAUAUAUAUCAUAUAUCAUUAUAUACAGUGCUUAUUCUUAUCCUAUGUAAUAGGCUAAAAUAUUUCUCAAAAUAGUUUAGCUCAAUACUUGACAAAAUGUUUAAUAAAAAAAAAAAAAAACAUUCUGAAAACAAAAAACAAAAAAAGAAUUGUGACAUGGAUGAUUUUUAUAUGCCGAGAUAUUAGAGGAGCUAUGGUGAGGAAUAGACAUGAGAAUGUGAACAUGACACCCACACCAUGCAGUCACAGGCCAAAAGGGGGACCAGAACCCGCCUCCUUUACUCCCCCCCGCCCCCCACUACGCACCAAUAGAGAUAAGACUGCUUUAUGACAUCGUAAGAGGAGAAUGUCCCCUCACAUGCAGCUUGAUAGCCACUGCCUGUCAUUAGUCAUCACGCUGAUUUAGUGGCCCCCGUAGAUUUACUUAUCUACAAAAGCUUUCAUGAGCCAAACCCAUAGCUUUAGAAACCUUGACCCUAACAAAUACUAAACACUUGCACUUACUUUCGAAUUCCUUCCCUGAGACACACACGUGUUAAAUAACACACACAUUUUACAAUAGAAUGUAUUAAAAAAAAGCUAGACCUGAGCUGUAUGGUAGGUCUAAAUUGUAGGUGCCCAAUGGCCUGAGACUGCAGGGGUGUCGGCCCCUACUGACCACUCACCCUAUGACACCAUGAGUGCCAGUGGAACUGACGAUGGGAUGCUUGCCCAGACACCAGCAUAGGGCAGCAGGGCACAAAAGCUAGAGGAAUUGAUGGAAUUGAAUUGAUGACAUUGAAUUGGUUUAUUAAUGUGGCAAAGUCUUUUGUUGUUUUGCAGUAUGCGAGCCCCUUCAUGAAGUUUGGGGAAAAGGAACAGGUUGUCAUUGAGGGGAUGGGGUUCUAAAGGCCAACAGCCUCCGAGGGGACACAGAAAAGUGAUGUAAUGGUUGUGUCAGUUCCCAAAAGUUUCACUGAAUAAAGCCAACUUAAGCCAA